CCCGUGGUGGUGUGUGUGUGAGCACAGGUGAGCGAGUGUGGGAGCGUGAGACCACGGGGCCGUGAGAAGCCAUCUGAGCCGCGUCUGUGAGCAUGUGCGUGACUGCCGUGUGCUGCUUGGCUGUGAGCGUCCGGUGUGACCGCCCGAAACUCUGGAGUUGUGGCGGCGUGUCUGAGUGACCGGGGCAGCGCACCUGUGUGCAGGCAAGGAACCGAGUAGGCCGAGGGAGGCGUGGUGGAAGGACCAAGGGGCUGCCAGACCCCAAGCGCCGGGCUGAGCUGGCUCCACCAUGGACUGUAGCUGCGUCUCCGACCUUCUCUUCGCCCCGCCCGCCCUGCCGGCUCUCUGGACCCCCGGGUUUGCCUUCCCGGAUUGGGCCUACAAGCCGGAGUCGUCCCCUGGCUCGAGGCAGAUCCAGCUGUGGCACUUUAUCCUGGAGCUGCUGCAGAAGGAGGAGUACCAGGGGGUCAUCGCCUGGCAGGGCGACUACGGGGAAUUCGUCAUCAAGGACCCCGAUGAAGUGGCUCGGCUCUGGGGCAUCCGCAAGUGCAAGCCCCACAUGAAUUAUGACAAGCUGAGCCGGGCCCUGCGCUACUACUACAACAAGCGGAUUCUCCAUAAGACCAAAGGGAAGAGGUUCACCUACAAGUUCAACUUCAGCAAAGUCGUGCUUGUCAAUUACCCACUGUUGGAUGUGGCAGCAGCCACCACCGGCUCCCCACUCUUGCUGACCCCUGGUCCCUUUGGGGGGACCUCUGGGCCAGAUGCUCCUCCCCUUACCCCCGAGACCCUGCAGACCCUGUUCUCAGCCCCUCGCCUGGGAGAGCCAGGGCCCCGGGCGCCCCUGUUCCCCCCUGAGACAGACAAGCUGCGUCUGGACAGCCCUUUCCCGUUCCUGGGCUCUGGUGCCACUGGCUAUUCCAAGCCCCCCGGCCUGCUGGGUCCUUACGGCCGCGCCUUCCCAGACUACCCCUGGAACUUUAACCCGUACCUCACCGGCCCCUUCCCCAAGCUGCCCCCCUCUCUGUACCCCCCCCACUUCUACCCCAACCCUCUGGCCAGUUCCCUGGGCCACCUGCCCUCGGCGGGGGCCGGGGGGAGCCCUACAGCUUCGCCCCUACUGGCUGCGGCGGGGGAGGGCCUGGGCCCCGAGCGCCCCUCGGGCCUGGCAGCAGCCCCUCGCCUGGCCCUGCCAGGAGCCGGGGGUCCAGAGGCCGCGCUGGGCGGGAAGGACGACAGUGACUCGGAGCUGGAGAUCACAGACGUCAGCGGCUGCAGCUCUGACAGCGAGGGGGACGAGGGCCUCCCUGUGCCCCCCAAGGCCAAGGCGAGCAAAGGGGGGAUCGGCAGCUGAGCCCGUGUGGGGGGUGAAGGGUUCUGCCAGAGCGGGGAUCGGGGCAGACCCUCACGCAGCAGCCUCUGCCAUUGCCUGGUCUGCCCUCGAUGUCCCGCCUAAGGCCGGGGACCAGCCCUCGACCCCUCCCAGGACCAGGCACGUGGCUGCCCACCUUCCUCCCGAACCCCAGGUUGGGGGUGUCCCCUCCCCGUCCAGAGCGGGAGGGAAUGCGACGGCCUCCUUCCCAGGCUCCAGUUUGAGGGGGGUCCCCGCCUGGCCCCACUCCCAAAGUGCAAUAUGGCGCCCAGCCUCUCCUGCCCGCCCGCCGCCCCCCCCACCCGUGCUGUG